AUGAGGGCUCUAACUGUCGUAGCCGUUUUCACGCUUCGCCUAUACGCUCUCUACAGCAAUAUUCCCAGAAUAAGAAAUUACCUCACGUACUUCAUUAUAACUGUUCAGCUUAUACUCACCUGCCUCGGCACCGUGACAGCGGUUAUUACUUCUCAAAAUGUCAUAUGGGUUGAACCUAUGAAUAUCUGCAUCAACAACAAUCCGCCCAUGCGAAUCUACUCCCUUGCCUACGGCUCUCUGCUCGCCAUCGAGAUUCCGAUCUUUCUCGCUAAUCUCUAUCACGCAAUCCGUUUUCGCCGCCAAUGCCCGUCUCUAAAAGGCACAGCGCCAGGCAUAAUCAUCAGGACCUUGCACAAAGAUGGAUUCACCUACUUUGCAGUUAUCUUUACGGCAAGGCUCGUUAUUUGCGCCUUGAUAUGGAGUAGCGUGUCCUUUACAGCCUUGCUUCUAACGUACCUGGAGCUUGCCGUGAUGAUCAUUUAUUCCCAAUUACUCGUUUUGCCAAUGUCCACUGCAGGCCAAUCUGGGUCACUUGUUACUCAGCUCGCUCAGCUCGAGUCCGCGUUUGCUGGAUUACGUGCGACAUUUUAUGUAUCGGCUGCAAUCUUUGUAGUCUGGGUUUGGGAUAUUCCAUUGAAUCUGGAUGACGAAGUCUCCGUUUUGUGGCAACGGAAAGGCAGGGUUAUCAAAACGCUAUACGCGUUGGUUCGAUACACCCCCUUUUGGAUGCUCGGACCCAACCUGUGGAUUUACAACCCCUUUCGUUCUGUUUCAUUAUCAUCAAAGGUGCCCAUUGUCUGUCAUUUGUAUGUCAAGUCUUAUUCGGUCUUUGUUACAUUUCUUUCACACCUCGACAGCUGUAUAUCUUCCUAUAUCACUAUGACACUCACUCAAGGAGUUUGCUGUAUGGCCGUAAUCACUGUUUUCGCCCUUCGCGUAUACGCACUCUACAGUAGCUUUCCUAGGAUGAGGAUAGCACUGAUGAUUGUCAUCACCGCCUGCCAGCUCGCGUUUCUCGCGCUCGGCUUUGUAGCAAUAGCCAUUGCCUCUCGCCGUAUCGUAUGGGUCGAGUCUCUGAACAUUUGUUUCAGUGGCAAUCCACCGAUGAGGAUGUAUUCUCUUCUGUACGGCUCGAUGCUCAUCAUCGAGAUUGUGAUUGUUGUGGCUACUCUCUACCAUGCGAUUCGCUUUCGCCGAGAGUACCCGUCCCUGAAAGGCACUGCGCCAGGGAUCAUCAUCAAGACGCUGCACAAUGAUGGAUUCACUUACUUUCUUGUCAUCUUCACGACGCGAUGCAUCCUUUGCCCGUUGAUAUGGGGUAAUGUGUCGCCAACGGUGUUGCUUCUGACCUAUGUCGAGCUGGUCGUAAUGAGCACGCUAACGAGUCGAUGGAUCCUAUCAUUUCGACAGCUGGCGAUGAGUUUCUGGGGAGAUAGUAUAAUAAUGAUAGCUGAAGCGACGAGUGAUAUUCCAUUGACGACGAUAGAAGUAGCCAGUAUGGAAUUCGAGGCCAUUUCGUGA